GCCGCCGCGCGGACCUGCGGCGAGAGGCGAUGGCUGCGGGCUCAGAGCCCGAGUUUUACCUAAGGUGGAAACAUUGUGAGGCACCCGGUAUUAAGACUUUAUGCAACUUAACAAAACUUCUGAACACAGUUCAGAAAGAGCACAGAGAGGACAUCUCUCUUUACACCUCUGGACACCUGAAUCCCAACAAGCUCUGCAGGCCUCCCAAGAUGACCCUGUGUCACUGGCCCAAUGCCACCAGGCCAAAGCAGGAGAAGAUCUUUAGAGUGGAAAACCCAUCUGGGAGGGAGAUGGCAAAGAUGAAAGAUGCUUUGGCUUAUUUCACCAUCCCCACAGCUGUGGGUCCAAACGAUGCCCAGGACACUCCACUCUUCAGGUAUCUGAGCCCCCUGGAACACACCUCCCACACGUCGGAAGAGCCCCUCUUUGCAAGGAAGGUUCCAGGAGAAGAGGGUUCUCCUGAAUGGCGGAGGAGAGAAGAGUUGAGGUUGCCUGAGACAAAAGUGUUAAAGCAUGAGCCAGCAGCGUCCAGCCGUCCAUGUGCGUCAUGUGCCCCGGACAAGGAUGAGUACCGGUACCUUGGCUCCUAUUUGGGGGGCAUAACAAAGGCAGACAAGUACAGGAAGUUCCUGUGCUUCCAGAAGGAAGUCCUUGCAAAGCAAGAUCUCCUGAAGAAUGACUUCACUGGGAGCAAGUCAGCGAAACGCCACGAAGAGAAGUUGGAACAGGAGCUCCAGAAAGUAUGUGAGUGCGACCCUCAGCACUUCAGCAGACUGCAGGUCUUCAGAGAAGUCUUUGAAGAUAUUUGCAAUAGUUCUCUGACAUUCGGUGAUAUAUUGAAAGAAAUUAAGAAUGAAUAUGAACUCUACAUGGCGAUACUUCUGAAGUCCCAGCCCACAGAAGAGUAUAAGGCCUUGCUGGCUCACGUCAGGGGCCUGGAGAGGAGGCGGGUGAAGACAGCGGACAUCAGCCAGGCCAAGGAGGAGCUGAGGGCACUCGUGAUGGCCACCAAAGCAGCCCUGGAGCAUAACGACAGGCUCAGAAGUGAGUUAGAGAGGGAGAAAAUGCUGCUGAGAUCUGCUAAGAAAAAAUCAGAAUCACCUGAGAAAAAUGCAAUGGACGAGAAGCACCUUACUCUAAUUGAAAAGGUUGAGAAGAAGAGGUGUGAAAUACUUAAUGAAUGGGAUAAACUUCAAGCUCUUGAAAGAGAAAUUAAAACCACUCUUGUUCAUACUGGAAUUUUGCACAUCACUGAGAAUAGGAUUAAAAGCAUAGAGACUGAAGCUGUAAAGUUGGACACAGCAAAUAGAAUUUUAAAGCAGAAAAUAAAUAUGAUUGAAAACCGAGUGAAGCAGAGCAUGAGGAAGAGCAGGAUGAGCGAGGAGGAGCAGCGGAACCUUUGGGAAUUUAUUAACAACUUUGUAAAAUUAAAAGAAACAGAGUAACUCUCAAGUGACUGGAAAAAUGACCUAGGAGAAUUCACAACCAUCCUGUAGAUAACAUGGAUGUUUGCAGAUGCAUAAAUUAAUGAAGACACAUUUCAUUUCAUCGGUUUUAAUCUCUAAUAAAAUUCAAAUGGUGUAUGUAUCCUGUUCAAGAUACUGCAGUAAAUUCAUGUAUG